AUGCCUGGCCGAGGCCAAUUGAUCCUCAUAGAAGGACUAGACAGAUCUGGUAAAUCUACCCAAGCUUCCAUCCUAGCUUCCAAGUUUUCACAAUCGAAGCUCAUAAAAUUUCCUGACAGAUCAACAUCAAUUGGCAAACUAAUCAAUGAAUACCUCACUAAUAAAGAAUUCCAACUUAGUGACCAAGCGGCUCACUUAUUGUUUCUGGCUAAUAGAUGGGAAUUGAACCAAGAGAUUAUUGAUUUGUUGAGGCAAGGGUAUUUUGUCAUUUUGGAUAGGUAUAUAUAUUCGGGAAUUGCUUAUACAUUGGCCAAACAUAAGGGCACAGACACCUCCACCACCUCCACCACCUCCACUUCUAAUGGCAGCUUGGCAAACUUGUCCAAUGUCGAAUGGUUACUAGCUCCCGAUAAAGGGCUACCAAAACCUGACUUGACCAUGUUUCUUACUCUAGACAUGGAUGAAAUCAGUUCGAGAAAAGGAUGGGGUGAUGAACGAUACGAAAUGGUGGAGUUUCAAUCCAAAGUGAAGCAAUGCUUUUUGGAUAUACUUGAUGAACACAACGAUCCCAGUGUCAAGAUUGUUGAUGUGGGGAAUAAGUCUAUUGAGCAAGUGAGUGAUUUGCUUUGGCAUGUCAUUGAGACGAAUAAUGUACAUGUAUUGACUGAUGGACCUAUAAAUCAUGUAUAG